AUGAUUUUGGGGGGGCCGGGUUUCUUCCCUACAGGUAACAAAGAGAAGCAGCGGUCUCCUGAUGGUACUUCCAGAUUCCAGCCAGAGGGGGCAGCAGAGAGCACCUGCAGAAGGGGCCCGGGGAAGGCAGCAGAGAGGUGCUUGGACUCUGAACUGCAGACAGCAGCUGCUGUGCAGGCACUAGUAACCACAGAACCAGAUGAGCUGGACGCAUCCCAGAAACCAAAUGCGAGCGAGGAGAGUCCUCACCCUCCACCUCUUCAUCUCUCCCAGCUGCCAGCUCAUACCAGCUCCUUGCCCAGUACCCUCUCCCACAUGGGGGGCCACAGGGCUUUGAGUCUGGCCUCUGGUUUCUCCCAUCGUGCAGGGCAGAGGGAGGGAUCUUGUCUUGCUCCCUCUAUAGUCAGAUUCCCUGCUGUGCCACACAAAGCCCACCCACUCCCCAGGGGUACCCUCUCAUUGGACAGCGAGUGUGUUGCUAGGGGUCAGGAGGAGGCUGAACUACAGAGCAACUCCGGGUCUUUGGAAACAACACAAGGCCUCUCGCUGCAGGAGGAACGACCCACCAGGAAUGUAGGGUACAGAGAGGGUCCAUCACAAAACAUAAAUAACAAGGAAAAGGGUGACUCUCUCCCGCCUGUCCAAGUCUUUGGAGUGGAGGAUAAAAACAUUACACAGUGGUCUUCAAAAGGAGAUCUGGACCCAGCCGGUUUCAGUUUGAGUGGGAAUCUGUUGUUUGGAGAUUCCAGUGUGAAUGCAGAUGGAGAGGAAUGUUUGAAUUGGAUUCCUGCAGAUUCCUGCUUGAACAAGGAGGAGGUGAGCAGCGCCGAAUCAGGUCUUCCAAAGACCUUGCAGGCUCUUCACAGAGCUGCCCAGGCUAACCUGGAGGAGGCGGACACAAGCAGCAGUGACGACGAAGGAAAGCUUGUCAUUGAACUCUGAAGUGGGCAUAUCUUUAACAAGACUUUUAUAAAGACUUGUGAGAGAGUUAGUGUUAGAUAUGUGUGGCUCUCUCUAGACUGAUGUCUCUUUGGAAACAAGGUCCACAGUGGACUGAGAUGAGGCAUGAGCUAAUGGUUCGAGAGGAGGAAUGUGAUACAUGUACACUUAUGCUCAUCUCCCUGGCCUAGUUUCUGUAUUUUUGUAUGUGUAGAACUGACAACAGACAGUGUUACUUCAGAUUAUAUUUGUAAUGUCAGAUUUUAUUUCUGUUGCUGCAGAUGUUGGUAAGAAGCUCUUAAUCAGGAUGGAUUAGUGACCAUUGUAUUUGCCAUUU